UUCUUUUAAACCACUUCAAUAUGGCUAUUUAUUAAUAUGAUAUUAAAUUUCUAUUUUCUCCUUCCACAAGAAUCAAAAGGGUGUGGUCACAAAAUAAAUCAUUCAUAGAGUGAUUAUUGUUCCAAGCUUUGUGGCGUUUUACUUUAACGUAUGUCUUUUUUCUUCCAAUUUUUAUAACAUAAGUUUGCUCACUAUAAAGUUUAGUGAGCAUUUUAAUUACAAAAUGUGAAAUAUUUAUCCUCUAUUUCUGUGGGAAAAAACUCCAAAUAUCCCUAAAUCAUAUUGACUUGUGAAUAUAAGUUUCUAUCAAGAACAUGAACAAAAUAAUUUAAACCAAACUAGUGCUCUAUGCCAUUUAUCAUUUUAAAUGAAUAAUUGUCCUGUUCAUUUGAAAUCUCACAGAAUAAUCACACCUACACAAAUUAUGGUAGGGCAAAUUAAAGCAAUGUUUAUUUCCCACCUACUCACAACAUUUUUAAAUGAAAUCUUAAAACACUGGGAUAAAAGUAGUUUUACAUACCGGGUAGUUUUAUUAUACAAAAAUAUGAUAUGUCUCAAAUAAUAAGCUUGAAAAACCCAAAUGAAGAGGAUGUUUUUAGUAUACGAAAUAAUUCUGAACUAUAUAGGAGUAAAUCCCAUAUAGUUAUUUCUUCAAAGGGAGAACCCAAUUUCCUUUUACAUUGAAAUAAUGCAACCUUGAUGUUUCCUAAUUCUACGUUUUCCAUUAAUAGUUUACAAACUUAAAAAUGAAGUACAAAAUAAAAAAGGUGUUUUGUUGUUGUUGUUUUACAAAGAACACAUGUUUUAUACGUCAUUUAAAUUGCCAAGUAAUCAAAUAGCUUAUUCUGCUUCAAUUUCUAGGGAAAAAAAGCAGCUGCUCCAAAAGAAUGUGUUUUUCUCCCAUUCUGGAAAUCAACAUGCAGCCUGAAUCUAACAUUACAGUUCGAGAUGACAUUGAUGACAUCAACACCAAUAUGUACCAACCACUAUCAUAUCCAUUAAGCUUUCAAGCGUCUCUCACCGGAUUUCUCAUGUUAGAAAUUGUGUUGGGACUUGGCAGCAACCUCACCGUACUGGUACUUUACUGCAUGAAAUCCAACUUAAUCAACUCUGUCAGUAACAUUAUUACAAUGAAUCUUCAUGUACUUGAUGUAAUAAUUUGUGUGGGAUGUAUUCCUCUAACUAUAGUUAUCCUUCUGCUUUCACUGGAAAGUAACACUGCUCUCAUCUGCUGUUUCCAUGAGGCCUGUGUAUCUUUUGCAAGUGUCUCAACAGCGAUCAACGUUUUUGCUAUCACUUUGGACAGAUAUGACAUCUCUGUAAAACCUGCAAACCGAAUUCUGACAAUGGGCAGAGCUGUAAUGCUAAUGAUAUCCAUUUGGAUUUUUUCAUUUUUCUCUUUCCUGAUUCCCUUCAUUGAGGUAAAUUUUUUCAGUCUUCAAAGUGGAAAUACAUGGGAAAACAAGACACUUUUGUGUGUCAGUACAAAUGAAUACUACACUGAACUGGGAAUGUAUUACCACCUGCUUGUACAGAUUCCAAUAUUCUUUUUCACUGUCAUAGUAAUGUUAAUUACAUACACCAAAAUACUUCAGGCUCUUAAUAUUCGAAUAGGCACCAGAUUUUCAACAGGACAGAAGAAGAAAGCAAGGAAAAAAAAGACUAUUUCUCUAACCACACAACAUGAGACUACAGACAUGUCACAAAGCAGUGGUGGGAGAAAUGUAGUCUUUGGUGUAAGAACUUCAGUCUCUGUAAUAAUUGCCCUCCGGAGGGCUGUGAAACGACACCGUGAACGAAGAGAAAGGCAAAAAAGAGUCUUCAGAAUGUCUUUAUUGAUUAUUUCUACAUUUCUUCUCUGCUGGACACCAAUUUCUGUUUUAAAUACCACCAUUUUAUGUUUAGGCCCAAGUGACCUUUUAGUAAAAUUAAGGUUGUGUUUUCUAGUCAUGGCUUAUGGAACAACUAUAUUUCACCCUCUACUAUAUGCAUUCACGAGACAAAAAUUUCAAAAGGUCUUGAAAAGUAAAAUGAAAAAACGAGUUGUUUCCAUAGUAGAAGCUGACCCCAUUCCUAAUAAUGCAGUAAUUCACAACUCUUGGAUAGAUCCUAAAAGAAACAAAAAAAUUACCUUUGAAGAUAGUGAAAUAAGAGAAAAAUGUUUAGUACCUCAGGUUGUCACAGAUUAAGGAAAAGUCUAAGUUUCACCAAAUCCACAUUCAGAAGUUUUAAAUUUAAAUUGUAAAAAGUGAAGUUACCGCCAAAUAUAAGAAAAACAUUUUAAGUAUUAGUUAUGUUGUAAAUUUUCAAUGUACAUGUCCAGAUUAGAUUAGGUCAUAUAUAUUCAAUUUCUUCAUAACUUAAUGUAUUUGUUGCAUGGCAGUUUGUUAAAGUAAUAUCAUGUAUAUUUUGUCAAUAGUAUGUCCAUCAGAAGAUAUUCAUGUAAGUCAUAUUUUCUAAAUAAUAAAUACAUAGCCUUAAAACAGUCUAUAAUUUAAUAAU